AUGCUCGCCGAACUCCUCGAGGACAGCAAAACAAACCUCAUGAUUCCAAAGGCCCUCGAAACUCUGGCCGAGGCGAAGCUCAAUCCUGCGACACCCGGCGCGUUCAACAAUUUCCUCGUCGGCCUGUCGGUCUCUGCGCUCAUGAUUGGCCUGCAGGAGUUAUUGAAGCCGGAGGUUGCCGCAGCGUAUGGUCUCACCGAGGCAAUGUCCACUUACUGUGAGAUCGUCGCACCCCGGGGAACGGAAGACAUGGAAGUUGUCACGAAUGUGAUCGAGGCUGCAUCCGGCGUCGCAAAGGGACAAAGUCCGGUGCCCGGUCCUCUGCCAUCCAACGACACGUCUGUGGGAGAGCACGACAUCGAAAGUUCUGUACAUAACACCUUCCCCGUGGCCCAGGAGAACAAUACUCCGGAAGCCGUGUUGGAGGAGCUCAGGGCCAGCCAGACCAACAUGGACCACAUCAUUGCCGAGCAGCUGAAGGCAUCACGAGAACAGUUUCGUCGCCUGGAGCAGCAACUGGACUUGGAAAGGUUGCGGGAUGGAGUGACCGUUUCCGCCGAGCAAAUUAAUCGGGCAUAUCUGCCCUCCUUCCCCAUCCCCCCCUCCCUGAGCCCGGAUCGGAUGCCGAAGGGGAUGCCGAGCGAUGUAUUGCAGUGGUUCAAGCAACUCGGGAUGGCCAUGAAGACCAUGGACAUUUACAUCCAGGCGGAGCUUAACUUUUGGUACGCUGCCGCCCGAGCGAAUGCCGCCGAGCGGGAGGCCUGGCAGCGCGGGAUGACUCCCAGAGCCCCGGCUGUAGCGUCUCAUUUUCGGGUCAGUGAGGCCGGUCACCAGUAG